AUGUCGCCAAACCCACAGGACAGCGGAAACCCGGACCACGAGUCCAGCGACAGCUCCGUGCCGCAGUCCCCUCCGCCGCCGCCCAAGCCCUCGACCGACCCCGUCCUGACCAUGCAGCCGCCCCAGCCCGACCUCCAGCCCAUAACCUCCCCGCAGCUCAACGCCCAGCCCGAUGACAUCUUCAAGGUCCCUGCCCUCGCCGCCCUCAAGCUGCUCAGCGCCGGCGUCGAGGCCCUCGUGCGCAUCACCGGCGACAUCCCGCCCACACCGCCUCCUAUGACGCCGCACAUCCCCAACAUGAGGAGCAUGCAGGCCGAGAAGGAGAGCAUCGUGCGCAACUACUCCGAGAAGAGCCUGACGCGCCUGCGCGAGCAGGAGUUGGCCCACCAGAUCCAGGACGCCGGCCACACCCCCGGCCCAGCGGCCCCCCUGCCCGACGACCAGGGCACCAUAUCACCGCCCUCGUCCCAGCAGAGCCCCGCAGGGCCCGUGCUGGUCGUCCCGAAGCCGACGCGGACCGCGAGCCUCUCGGUGCCCGGCCUGUACCCGCCGGCGCCCCAGCCCAUCGACGGCGUGCACCUCAGGCCGACGCCCAGCCCCGAGCCCAGCAGCUUCGUGCCGCCCCCGCCGCCUUCCUCGACGCCCGAGCCGUACGUGGUCAUCGGCGCCAACAGCCAGCCCCUCAACAUGCAGCACAAUGCCAUCACGCGCAAGUUCUACAGCAAGAAGCCGCCACCCAUAGGGAUCAGCGACUACCUGCUGCGCAUCCACCGCUUCUGCCCGAUGAGCACGGCCGUCUACCUCGCGACGAGCCUCUACAUCCACAGGCUGGCGGUGGACGAGCGGGCGGUGGCGGUGACCAAGAGGAACGCGCACAGGCUGCUCCUGGCUGGGCUGAGGGUGGCCAUGAAGGCGCUCGAGGACCUGAGCUACCCGCACGCCAAGGUGGCCAAGGUGGGCGGCGUCAGCGAGCUGGAGCUGGCCAGGCUCGAGAUCAGCUUCUGCUUCCUGUGCGGCUUCGAGCUCGUCGUCGGCGCGGGGCUGCUGCAGGACCACUGGACAAACAUGAAGAACGGGGCCGACCUGAGCAGCAUUGGUGCGGGUGGAGGCGGGGCGCACGGGAGAAUGCCAUUGCCCGGUCUAAGUCUUGCGAACCUGCCCAAGCCGAGGAACCCGCCACCUCAGGCGGUAGUCGAAGGUUGA